AUGGAGGAAACGAAUGGCGACAAGCUAGGAAACGACGUCUUUGACAAUACAGACAAGCUUGGAAAUGAUCUUCCUGACGAUGGGAACGACUCAGCUCCUGGGUCUCCUGGACUAGAUGCCCAAUCUGAUUCUGAACUUGACGAAGUCCCGAGCAAAGACCUCAAGUCAGCACUAAAAAACACUGGAAAGAUCCAAGAGAUUGUGGCACCUAGACCACCGCUUCCCCCCCAACCCGACCCAUCAACUCUUGAUCUUUCUACGCUUUCCCCAUUGUCUCCCGAAAUCAUUUCCCGACAGGCAACAAUAAAUAUUGGUACCAUCGGGCAUGUCGCUCACGGGAAAAGUACCGUUGUAAAGGCCAUCUCCGGUGUUCAGACAGUCAGGUUUAAGAACGAGUUGGAGAGAAAUAUUACCAUCAAACUUGGAUACGCCAAUGCCAAAGUAUACAAGUGUAAUAAUGCAGAUUGUCCUAGACCUGGUAACUACAGGAGUUUCAAAAGUGACAAGGAGGUUGAUCCCGAUUGUGAGAGAGAAGGAUGUGGUGGAAAAUACGAACUUCUACGACAUGUUUCCUUCGUUGACUGCCCGGGGCACGACAUUCUUAUGAGUACCAUGUUGUCUGGUGCCGCUGUAAUGGACGCCGCUCUUCUUCUCAUUGCCGGAAAUGAAUCUUGCCCUCAGCCUCAGACAUCAGAGCAUUUGGCUGCGAUUGAGAUCAUGAAGCUAAACCACAUCAUCAUUCUUCAGAACAAGGUCGACUUGAUGCGUGAGGCCUCUGCGGAGGAGCAUUACCAGUCUAUCCUAAAGUUCAUUCGUGGAACUGUCGCAGAUGGCUCCCCUAUCAUUCCUAUUUCUGCCCAACUGAAAUACAACAUCGAUGCUAUCAAUGAGGCGCUUGUGUCGAAGAUUCCUGUCCCUAUCAGAGACUUCACCGCCACCCCCCACAUGAUUGUUAUUCGAUCUUUUGAUGUCAACAAACCUGGUGCUGAGAUUGAGGACCUGAAGGGAGGUGUUGCUGGUGGCUCAAUCUUGACCGGUGUAUUAAAGUUGGGAGAUGAGAUUGAAAUCAGGCCUGGAAUCGUUACUAGGACCGACGAGGGCAUCAAGUGCAAGCCCAUUUUCUCCAGGAUUGUUUCGCUCUUUGCCGAGAACAACGACUUGAAGUUCGCUGUCCCUGGCGGUCUUAUUGGUGUUGGAACCCGUGUCGACCCCACCCUUUGCCGUGCUGAUCGUCUUGUUGGUUUCGUUCUUGGUCUCAAAGGACGAUUGCCUUCAAUCUAUUGCGACCUUGAGGUUAACUACUUCUUGCUUCGCCGUCUCCUCGGUGUCAAGACUGCCGACGGCAAACAAGCCAAGGUUGCCAAGCUUACCAAGAACGAAGUUCUCAUGGUUAACAUUGGUUCAACCGCUACUGGAGCUAAAGUCAUUGCUGUUAAAGCUGAUGUUGCCAAGCUCCAGCUGACAUCCCCAGCGUGUACCCAAGAUGGAGAAAAGAUCGCGCUCUCCAGAAGAAUUGAGAAGCACUGGAGAUUGAUUGGAUGGGCAACGAUUGUCAGGAGCGGAACCUCCCUAGAUCCGGUCGAGGAUUAG